AUGGUGUCCAGAACUUUCAAAACACUAGAGAUCACCGUGACAACCGUAGGGUACGGAGACGUGAUUCCCGUGACGUGGGCCGGAAAAGCAAUCGCCUCUUGCUUUGCCAUCUUCGCCAUCUCCUUCUUUGCUCUUCCUGCUGGAAUUCUGGGCUCCGGCUUCGCUCUCAAAGUUCAGCAGAAACAGAGACAGAAACACUUCAACCGACAGAUCCCCGCAGCCGCCUGUCUCAUCCAGACCGCCUGGAGGUCGUAUGCAGUGGAAAACCUGGAGACUGCAACGUUCAAGAUGUUUGUGAGAAAGAAGUCCCAGAUUCCGGGGUCUGUUCUGUCCACCGCCAAGGAUAAAAAGUCGGUGAAAGUGAGGAAGAAGAUGUUGGACGGAGGAGCCACGGACGUGUACAGCAGCGUGGGAACAGAGACAGAGCAGUCCUGGCCUUCACUUGGCUCCCUGCACAAUGUCCAAAACAACUCAGGGAAUAAGAGCCCAGACACUCCAAUGCGCAGGAAUUGCAGUUUCGCAGACGACCUGGAGGUGGAGCCAGAGAAGAACGGCCUGUCCCCUGUGUCCGCAGUCUCUCAGUUGACAGUGUCCCACCGGCAAGCUGCCAGAGUGGUGCAAACGAUGCGCUAUUUUGUGGCCAAGAGAAACUUUCAACAAGCCCGUAAGCCUUAUGACGUGCGUGAUGUGAUCGAGCAGUACUCCCAGGGGCACCUCAACCUCAUGGUGCGAAUCAAAGAGCUGCAGCGACGCCUGGACCAGUCUCUGGGCAAGAGCGCACUGUUCCAAAGUAGCUCAGAGCGGUUUAAGGACAAAUCCAGUAACUCCAUUGGAUCCAGGCUGCACCGCAUGGAGGACAAGAUGUCUCAGAUGGAGCAGAGCCUGGGUCAGAUCUGUGACAACCUGCGUGUGCUGCUGGACCAGAGGGAGGGCCCAGGGACCACGGCGGGGCCCCUACACCCUCCCUCUCUGCCCAGUCAGGACAGCCUGCCCUCCUACGAGCAGCUCUCCGUCCCCUCGGCUCCCUCCUGUGGUGAUGUGGACUUUCUGAAGUGA